AUUAAGGAGAACCGUUGCUGAUUUUGAAACGUUUGAUUAUUAAUAAUACAUCAUUAUAUCGUCUUAGAAUCCUCUCUCGCCCUUCUAUUAGCAGCCUUGGGCGUUUUUCCAUGGUUUCUGUUUUAGCCAUGGCUAAAACUCCCUCCUUGGGCUGCUGUGUCUUCCUCUUAUCCUUCUUCUUUUUGUCUUCUUCCUUUGUCGCAUACGCCAUAUCCCAAACAGAAGCUGCCUUCCUCGUGCGACGACAGCUCUUAACAUUACCAGAAAACGGCGAACUCCCUAAUGACAUUGAAUACGAGGUUGAUCUCAAGGCUACAUUUGCCAACUCAAGGCUUAAAAAAGCUUACAUUGCUCUCCAAGCUUGGAAAAAAGCAAUAUAUUCCGACCCAUUUAACACCACAGGAAACUGGCAUGGUCCUCACGUGUGCAACUACACCGGUGUGAUCUGUGCACCGGCUCUUGAUGAUCCUAACGUCACGGUUGUAGCUGGUGUUGACCUCAACGGUGCGGAUAUCGCUGGGCACUUGCCUGCCGAGCUUGGUUUGAUGACAGAUGUUGCUAUGUUCCAUUUGAAUUCGAACCGGUUUUGCGGUAUCAUUCCUAAUAGCUUUUCGAAGCUGACGCUGAUGCAUGAGUUUGAUGUUAGUAAUAACUGUUUCGUUGGACCUUUCCCGUGUGUUAUCCUCACUUGGCCUGAUGUCAAGUACUUCGACGUUAGGUUCAAUGAUUUUGAAGGUCAAGUCCCUCCUGAGCUUUUCAAGAAGGAGCUAGACGCUAUUUUCUUGAACAACAAUAGAUUCACUUCAACGAUUCCUGAAUCUUUAGGAGAUUCUACGGCCUCGGUUGUGACAUUCGCUAACAAUAAAUUCACCGGAUGUAUUCCUAAGAGUAUUGGAAACAUGAAGAGUCUCAACGAAAUUGUCUUCAUGGACAAUGGUUUGGGUGGUUGUUUCCCAUCUGAGAUCGGAAUGUUGUCGAAUGUGACGGUUUUCGAUGCGAGUAAGAACUCGUUCAUCGGUCGGCUACCGACUACUUUUGCCGGGUUAACGGGUGUGGAGGAGUUGGAUAUCUCCGGUAAUAAACUUACUGGAUUAUUAGCGGAUAGUAUUUGCAAGUUGCCUAAUUUGGUGAACUUCACUUACUCGUACAAUUACUUCAAUGGACAAGAUGGUUCGUGUGUCCCGGGAGGUGGUCGGAAGGAGAUUGUUCUGGACGACACACGUAAUUGUUUACCUGAUCGACCUGAACAACGGUCGGCACAGGAAUGUGCGGUGGUGAUUAACCGUCCGGUUGACUGUAGCAAGGACAAGUGUGCUGGUGGUGGAUCUUCAACUCCGUCGAGACCAUCGCUGGUUCCUACUGAACCGGUUCAAAAGCCAUCACCAGUUCCAAGUCUGCCUGUUCCGGAACCCUCGCCAGUUCCAACCCGGCCGGUUCACAAACCACAGCCACCGAAAGAGUCACAGCAACCGGAUGAUCCUUACGAUCAGUUUCCGGUGAAGAACCGUCGCAGUCCUCCUCCACCAGCUCCGGUAAACUCUCCGUCCAUUCCUCUUCCAUCACCUCCUCUACCACCACCGGUUCACUCUCCCCCACCUCCUGUUAAAUCUCCUCCACCGCCGGUCCACUCUCCACCACCACCACCAGUUUAUUCGCCACCACCACCGCCUGUCUACUCUCCUCCACCACCCGUCUUUUCACCACCUCCUCCUCCCGUUAACUCACCACCACCACCAGUUCUCUCUCCACUGCCACCAGCACCUGUUCACUCACCGCCGCCACCUGUCAACUCGCCACCACCACCGGUAUUUUUUCCUCCAGCUCAUCCGCCUAAGUCCAGUUCACCACCGCAAACACCAAGCCAACCUUCACCAUCGCCAAUGAUCUUUUCUCCACAACCGCCGCAAUCUCCACCAGUAGUCUCCUCCCCUCCUCCAGGACCGCUAAAGGUCGACUGCCCACCGGCUGCACAAGCACCAGCUCCAAGUGAUGAACUCAUCACACCAACACCAGCUCCGGUGGAGAAGAAACAGACGCCGUCUGCACAAGCACCAGCUCCAGUGGAAGACAUACAGACGCCGACUGCACAAGCACCAGCUUCAAGUGAUGAUUCCACCACACCACCACCCUCUCCGGUGGAAAAGAAAGAGACGCCGUCUGCACAAGCACCAGCGCCAAGCGAUGAGUUCAUCAUACCACCCUUCGUCGGCCACCAAUACGCAUCGCCACCACCUCCAAUGUUCGAAGGCUACUAAUAUCGAUCGAAGAGAGAGAGAGGAACCUACUAUAUAUAAAACGCAAUUGUAUCGUCUUGGACUAGUAUCGUAAAACGAAAGAAGAGAAAAUUCGAGGAAGAAGAAGAAGAAGACAAUGGAAGGGUAAUUAAAAUUUGAGAAGCGAAACCAACUCGUUACCAGAGGUGUGAUAAAUUUGUACAAUUACAACUUCUGAUGGUCGAUAAAGAUUUUUUACCUUCUAAUCAAAAAGACUUGUUUUCGUUAACUUAGAUAGGUUUCAAACAUUAAUUAUGAAGAGUGUGUGUCUCUUGUUCUUGGGACUCUUAUAC